AAGAUAUCCAUGUCUGCUCCUUUGGUUCUCGCUCCCAAUUCGAAUACCCUCUGUUAUCACCAUUCCAAUUCUUUUAUCAACCAAAAAACUCUUCUUUUUUCCAAAUCUUUCAAUUCUAAAUUUACCACCUUUUCCUCUCAAUACAAUGAUAAUAAUAAUCCCAUCAAGAACGAGGAGCAAUGCAAUCUUGAAUUUGAAAAUCAAGAUUAUGGGUCAUCAAGUUCAGGAAUUAAAGGCCCUACUGCUCCAUGGAUGAGGGGUCCUCUUCUUCUUGAACCUAAUCAAGUUUUGGACUUAUCCAAAUCAAGAAAGAAGAAAGAUGCCAAUUUCGCUAAAACCCAAAACCCUAAUGAUGCACUUUCUGGUAAAGUUAGUGGAGGAAGAGGUAAAAAAGCAAUGAAGAUGAUUUAUCAAGGAAUUGAUAAACUCCAAGAAACGCAAAUUGGGGAAGGUACACAGGUGGAAACUGAUGCAAAGGUUGAAUUUCAGUUCCCACCAGGAUCUUUAUCUGAAUGGGGAGAUGUGAGUUAUGAAAUUGAGGAGAAAAACCCAUAUGGGGAGGAGGACAAUAUGGAAAGCCUUGAGGGAGUAGAAUUUGGUGUUUUAUCAAGAGAAGGGGAAGGAAGAGGGAGUAGAAAAAGUGGGGUGAAAAUGCCAUGGGAGAGUGAGGUGAGAAUUGUGUAUAGGAGAAUGAAGAAUGAGAAAGUUGUCAUGACUGCAGAGUCGAAUCUUGAUGCAAUGUUGCUUGAGAGAUUGAGGGGUGAGGCUGCAAGGAUUCAGAAGUGGGUGAAGGUUAAGAAAGCCGGAGUUACCCGAACUGUUGUUGAUCAAAUCCACUUUAUUUGGAAGAAUAAUGAACUUGCAAUGCUCAAAUUUGACCUGCCUUUAUGCCGUAAUAUGGACAGAGCUCGAGAAAUUGUUGAGAUGAAGACUGGAGGCUUUGUUGUUUGGAUGAAGCAAAAUGCUCUGGUUGUUUAUAGAGGAUGUAGCUAUACUUUACAACAGAAGGAGCUACAGCAUGACUUUCUAUGUAAUCACCAGAACUCUUCAUUUACUGAAAAUAUUAAAGAGACAAGUAUUUUCUCACCAUUGAACUCAAGUGGGAGCAGUGAAGAUGAAAUGAGAAGUGUUGGAAACUCAGAAGAGGAUAGCCUAGUAAUGAAUGAGUCACUUUAUGUGAGGGAAGCUAAUAGAUUGUUGGAUGACUUAGGACCUCGUUAUGUUGAUUGGUGGUGGCCAAAGCCUUUGCCUGUGGAUGCGGAUUUACUUCCUGAAGUAGUUCCUGGAUUUAAGCCACCAUUUAGACUUUGCCCACCACGUUCAAGAUCAAACCUGACAGAUGAUGAACUUACACAAUUAAGGAAACUUGCUCGUGCUUUGCCAACUCAUUUUGUCCUUGGGAGAAACAGAAAACUGCAAGGCUUGGCUGCAGCAGUCGUAAAGUUGUGGGAGAAAUGUCACAUAGCAAAGAUAGCUUUGAAGUGGGGAAUUCCAAAUACUAACAAUGAGCUAAUGGCAAAUGAGUUAAAGCAUCUUACAGGAGGAGUCCUUUUAUUGCGGAAUAAGUUCUUUAUAAUCCUAUACAGAGGCAAGGAUUUUCUUCCUUCUCAAGUUGCAAACCUUGUUGCUGAAAGGGAGGUGGAGCUCACAAGAUGUCAGCUUGAGGAAGAAGUUGCACGAUUCAAAGCAAUUGAAACUCUUCCAAUCACUAUGGAAGUAUCAAUGUGCAGUAGUAGUGUUGGGACUUUAUCAGAAUUCCAGACAAUUGCAGAACCUGGAAAGGAGAAAUCUGAGGUUGAAGUUCAAUUAAUGUCUGAAAAGGAAAGAUUAGAAAAAGAACUGAGGAAUCAACAGCACGGCCUUUACAUUCUCAAGAAGAAGAUUGAAAAAUCAUCUAUAGCACUGGGAAAGCUAAAUGCUGCCUGGAGACCUGCCAAAGAGGAUGAUGAUAAAGAAAUCUUAACACAGGAAGAAAGACGAUCUCUUAGGCAGAUAGGAUUGAAGAUGAACAGGAGUUUAGUUCUUGGGAGACGUGGUGUUUUUGAUGGUGUCUUAGCUGGUCUCCAUCAGCAUUGGAAGCACAGAGAAGUUAUUAAGGUGAUCACAAUGCAGAAAAUCUUUUCUCAGGUCAUUCAUACUGCAAAGCUCCUCAAGACAGAAAGUGGUGGGAUACUGAUUUCUGUUGACAAAAUUAAAGAAGGCCAUGCAAUGAUAAUUUAUCGGGGAAAGAACUACAGACGCCCGGAGUCAGUUCCUCAAAAUCUUCUAAACAAAAGACAAGCUUUAUGUCGGUCCCUGGAAAUGCAGAGACUUGGAUCAUUGAAGUUUUAUGCAAAUCAAACGGAGCAGGCAAUCUCUGAUCUUAAGUUGAAGUUGGUAGAAUAUACAGUAAAGAUUGGUCAAAUGGGGGAGAUCUAAAGCUUGUGGUGCAGUCAUAACUACUAUUGCUCUUGAUCUCUGUCUUGACAUGGUCUACAUAUAUCAGCGCGAAGAGAAUUCACUCA